UCUAGUUAGAGUUCAUCAAACUCCAAUUAUUUCGAAAGAAAAAACAGAAAGUAUUACCUGCCGCAAUAUAUGGACAGUUUACAUUUUGUGUCACCUCAGCCCUACACGAUGGGUGACGGAAUAUCUGCAGUAGCGUGUUUCUCUAUGACAACAUUGCUAGUUGUGUCUUUGGCAAAUCUAAUUUUGCUAGUCUUCAUGAUUAUGGAAUCCAGAAAAAGGUGCGGUGAAGACUUUAAUGACAGAAUCUUUAAAUCCAGCGCUUUGCAAAGCAAAUUCUCCUCAUUGGUUGACGCAAAGAACCGCAGGGAAACUCCUAAAUUCAUGGCAGCGCUGGUACUAUUGAAAUCUGGUACCAUGGUGCUUAUUUGUGGUACAGUAAUAAUCAGUAGAUUCUGGGUUUUAACGUCAGCAAGGUGUUGCGAGACAGUCAAGGUUUAUUCGUUUGAACGAUUAAAAAUUGUCAGUAAUGCUGAUAAUUGGAAGAAAGGAAAAUCUCACUCCGUAGAGAAUUUGAUGCGCCAUGGGAAUUUCAGUUUGAAAAGUUUCUCGCAUGACGUUUGUCUCAUUAAAGUUGGAUCGCCAUUUAAAGAGAUUUAUGAAACUCCAGGAACUCUAGCCAGUUUUAGAUAUGCAUAUCUUCAGGAUACCUCAGCGACCACAAUAGGUUGGAUGACAGGAAAAACUCAAACAAGCAACAGAUUAUAUUUCACCAAUGUGAACUUGAUUUCAUUCCAUCGUUGUCAAACUUUGAUUAAAGAUGAGAGAGUCGAUGAAUCAAUGAUUUGCGCUUACAAUCUGGAAAAUAUCAACUGCAACUUCGAUUCUGGCGGUUCGUUGGUCCAGAACAACGUAAUCAUUGGAAUGGCAUCAUUCGAAUCCCAUUGUAGCAAUAGAAACAGUCCUAGAGUGUUCACUAGAAUUUCGUAUUUUCAAAAAUGGAUACAAUUGGUUGAAAAUCAGAAUGGUGUAAAAAUUUAUGCAAACUUUAAACCAUAAAUCAUAAGUUACAAAUUGGGACCCAGCUAAAUGAGGCAAAUUAGGUAUUUUUCAAACCAC